AUGCUAAUCACUCUAACCCACGCGGCGAACUCCCUGAAACCCAUCAUCCCGUGCUCUCUCCUCUCUCUCUCAAUGGUUCCAUUCGCCUCGUGUGCCAUCGUAAUCGGCGGUGUCUCGUGGAUCGUCCCGAGACGUUUCGCCGAAAAAAUGGACAAUAUUUUGUACAAAUCCUACAUGAGAUUAUGCCUUUUUGUGUUUGAAAAUCUCUCCGGUGUUGAGAUUUAUCUUCAUGGGGGCGGAGCCAGUGGGGGCGGAGCCUCCGUGGUAGAUCAAAACGGAGCGCCCGAGAAUGCUCUAUUAGUGUCCAACCAUCAAUCCAACGUCGACUGGAUUAUUCCGGUGAUUCUGGCGGCCCGUCACGGCGAAAACGGAAACGAACAGGCGUUCCGUGUGAUGGUGAAAAGCUCGAUUCAUUUGGUUCCAAUGUUCGGAUGGUAUAUAUUCCAACACGGAUAUAUUUAUGUCCGUCGAUUCGGAGAAUUCAUUGGGGCGCCCGUGUUACGCCAGUUGAAAUGGUUGAAUGAGUCGUCGCCCCCGUUUUGGUUAUUGAUUUUUCCCGAGGGGACUAGAUUGUCGCCGAAGAAGUCAAAGUUGGUGGAGAGUAGCAAUCGGUUUUUGGAGGCUAAUGGUCGCCGCCCGCUUCAUAACGUGUUGUGUCCCCGAAGUGGCGGAUUACAAUUGGCACUCGACAAUUUGUCGACACUUGACGCUAUCUAUGAUGUUACGGUUAUGUAUGGACAAAUGAGAAUGGCCGGACGACGGGGUCUCGCACCGGGAAUGUUCGAUUUCUGUUGUGGACCACAGACGUACAAACAGUUGCACAUUCAUUUGGACAGGGUACCCAUUGAAAAGGUGCCCAAAGAGAAGGUGGCACUUCGAAACUGGACGAUUGAUCGAUUCGAGCGGAAAGAGAAAAUAAUUGAUGAAUUCUAUUCCUCCGAAGACUUCUCCUCAUCCCAGACCGUCCUUCCAUGCGUCCCCAUCUCCCAAACCCUUCCGCCGACUCUCUUCUUCUCCGCCGCCCUUAUCGCACCGUUUUUCAGUCCGACCGUCGGAAAGAUAUACCUGAUGACGAUUGCAUCGUCACCACUGUUAAUCGCUUGGUUGCAUAUUAGGAGAUGUGUUUAG